AUGGAACUUUUCUCUACUAAUAGUAACAGGAGUUAUCUGAGAAGAGUAUCCUCCUCCUCCAACUCCCUUUCUUCUCUCCCUUUUCUCCUCCCUUCCCUGAAUAAAUACAGUGCACUUAAAAUAUUUAAGCUCUGUAAAUAUUUUUUCCUCUCCAAUAUUUCUAAAGUAAAUAAGAUCCCCAUCCUACACCCAUCAUUCAGUUGGAACUGAGAGAAGUAUGAAGCAUUUUGGCUCAUGGUCACCCUGCCCAUGAUCUUGUGGAUUUUUAAAAACUAGUGUUCAUUCCUGGUAGAUUUCCUGUAAGGCAAAAAUCCAAAAUCAAGCCCCACAGGAAAUCCUUGAGGAAUUAUUUUAUAUGCUUAAUCUGUAAACAAGAGAUUGCAGUCCUUCCCAACUAUAUCCUCUCUGUUUCUUGAUUCUCUUUGUGGACUAAAUUAUCCACAAAGAAGGAUAAACAGAGGAAGACUUUGUUUGGGUGUGAAGCUGAGAGGAAAUUCAAACAAGAGCAGCAUCUUUAGCACAAGCAGAAAGAUAGAGGGAAUAAACAUUUGGUCCCAUGAACGCUGCUAAAGAACAAUUCACUUUGUCUCUCUCUGAAGUACCACCUACUGGAGAUCAUCAGAUAAUCAUAGGAGAGGCCCUUUCAGUAUAUCACAACUGCUUGCACUCUAAUUCAUUUGUGAGAAAUAACUACGUUGCUGCUAUUUACAAGGCUCUGGGGACAUUCCUUUUUGGUGCAGCUGUUAGCCAAUCUUUGACAGACAUUGCCAAAUAUUCAAUAGGUAGAUUGAGACCUCACUUUCUGGACAUAUGUAAACCAGAUUGGCGUAGUUUCAACUGCAGUUAUGGUUACAUUGAAAACUUCAAAUGCCUUGGAGACAAAGUAAAGGUUAACGAAGGAAGACUGUCAUUUUAUUCUGGACAUUCGUCAUUCUCCAUGUAUUGCAUGCUGUUUCUAGCACUUUAUCUUCAGGCCAGAAUGAAAAAUGACUGGGCAAGACUUUUGCGUCCUACAAUCCAGUUUGGACUUGUUGCUUCAUCCAUUUACGUGGGCCUCUCCCGUGUUUCUGAUUACAAACAUCACUGGAGCGACGUAUUGACUGGACUCAUCCAGGGAGCAAUAGUAGCAACCCUUAUCGCUGUGUAUGUCUCAGAUUUCUUCAAGGAGAGAGGCCGUACAUUUAAACAAAAGGAGGAAGAAGAUUCACAUACAACUCUACAUGAGACGCCUACCAAUGGAAAUCACUAUGGCAGUAAUCACCAGCCAUGAUAUGUGCAAGAGCUAUUAUCCUGUGGAAUCUCCUGCUAUUUAAAAGGAAAAUUUCACAAAUAUUUCUGAUCUCUGUACAAAACAAAUAAAUGCCUUUUGAAGGGACUGCUGCUGCUAUACCUCUAAAGUGCUCACUUUAUAUGUAUAUAGUUAACAACAAUGUAUCUAAAAACCUCAAAUUUCUAUUGGUUCAAGCUUAUGCUUUAUAAACACAAUAUCCUGACUAUUUUUUUUUAAUUAAAAUAAUGUAUAAUACUUAUUACAAACAG